AUGUUUAAUCGCAGUAAAACAUGCACAGAAUGUUUAAAACGUUUCGUUUUAGUUAAUAAUCAAUGCAAAACAUACAGGUCAACAACAAAUUAUAGUUCCGUUAUAAGAUACAUAUUAAAAAGACAUGAGAAAUGGCUUCGAGAAGAAAGAAAAAAAGAAAAACCAUGUAAGAAUUCAUAUUCGGAAUUGAUGAACAUAACCAGUGACAAUAGUACAAAGACAAAAAUUAAAAUACAACAAUUAAAACCGAAUGAUAUAAAAGCAUUCGCUCAAAAUCCCAGCAUGACAUACCAAGAUAAAAUUUACAAUAAAUUUCCCAAACCGCCAUUUUUUUUAAAUAAUAAUAAUAAUAGUAAGGAAGAAGAAUCGAAAAAAUUAUCGAAGAAUAACACUCAAACAAAUAAUUACAGAAAGAAAUCAAUAUGGCCUGAAAUUCUAAAAGUUCAAGAUGUAGUUUUAGUUUAUAACGAUUUGUUAUUCGCAUAUCCUCAUAAUUGGACGAUUUUUUGUAAAUUGAUUAAAUUAAUGAUGGCGGAUAAAAUAUCAUUCAAUUUGCAAACCUAUGCAGCUUUACUUAAUUGUUUGGGUAUUGUAAAAGGGAAAAAAGUCAUGUCGAUACAAGAUUGGAAAAAACAAGUUACUCUAGUUUUUAAUACGAUGGAAAGGGAGAAUUAUUCCCUCGGGGAUCUUUUAAGGCAAACAAAUUUAAACAGUCAACAAAUAAAUAAUAUUUUAUCAACGAUAAGAGAAGUUUUUCCCAAUUAUGAAAUCCCACCGGAAAGGAUAUUUUUAAAAAGUGAAGGGACUUUACUCGAUGAUUUAUACAAAACUCAAAAUAAAUUGGAGUCACCUUUAAACACCGACAGCAUGUCAUUUAACAAAUUGUAUUCGUUGAUAGAAGAACAAUCAUUUUUGGAAAAAAAAAGUAAAAUUUAUAACGAAGAUUUAGAAAUGUUGAAAAAAAAAUGGAAAGUCGACAUGUGGGAGGGUUUUUGUCAAAGUUUAAAAAGUGAAAAAAUAUUAAACGCGAAAAGGACUCGUAGUUUUUUUCUACCCGUUUACCUCGAAUGUUUAUCCGUUAACGAAUACGUUAAAAUAAUGAUGGACACGGUGACUAAUUUAAUUGGUUAUUCUGGAAAUUAUAAUCCGAACAUGACGACGACACUGAUCGAAUUGGGAAACGAAGUUUACAAUCGGUUUCAAAUAAUAAAAAAAGAAAAAAGUGAUAUUGUUAAAAACACGGUACAUUUAUUUAAAAAAUAUGGCGAAUGGUAUAAGAAUCCAAAGGGACCUGCUUUCAAUUCUAGACAACAAUGGCAAAUGCUAUUAGAAGAAUAUUCUCAUAAAUAUCCUAUCGGAAUGCUCGAAGUUGAUUGGCCGGUCAAAAUAAAAAAAGAAAUAGGAAAAUUUUUAUUUAAUGUUAUUUUACAAAAGUUAACGAUCGUCGUAAACAACGGUUCGAUGGAAAGAACCAUACCGGUGUUUUACACAAUAAUGAGACAAGAAAAAGAAAAAUCUCUUGAAGAAAUAAAAUGUCAUCCGAUCAUCAGUAAACUUUAUCAGCAAUGCAAUUUGGAUCAUUUGUACAUACCGGCAAAAGAAUGUCCGAUGGUAUGCCCACCGAAACCGUGGAAAUCCGUGACCGACGGCGGUUAUCUAUUAAGUACUUCCGAUUUUGUCAGAGUGCCAAAAGAACCCAACAGUCAAAUAUUAGAUUUUAAACCGAUAAAUUCUCAUCAGUUGUACGUAACGUUCGAUGCUUUAAACACUUUACAAAAUACUCCGUGGAUAGUUAAUAAAGAGGUGUUAGAUGUGGCUUUAGAAGUUUUUCAAAAUGGCGGAGAUGAUGAGCUUGACGUUCCCUCGUUUGUUACCCCCGUCAACAACCACAAUCCUUUGAAUAUAACGUCCGAAAUGAGUCAAGAAGAAAGAUUCGAAGAAUAUAAAAAGAAAAAAUCCUCAGCCAUGGAACGGCAAAAUCAAUACGCGUUGUGGUGCGAAGCGUUGUAUAAAUUAUCAUUAGCCAAUCACUAUCGAAAUCGUAUAUUUUGGUUACCUCACAAUUACGAUUUUCGCGGUCGAGUGUAUCCGAUUCCGCCGCAUUUGAGUCACAUCGGGGGUGAUUUAUUUCGUUCCCUUUUGAUUUUUGCCAAAGGAAAACCGUUGGGACCCAAAGGAUUCGAUUGGUUGAAGACUCACGUAAUUAAUUUAACCGGAAUUAAAAAAAAGGAAUCUUUGGCGGACAGAUUGAAAUACGCGAACGAAAUGCUACCGGAAAUAUUAGACUCGGCGGAAAAACCUCUGACCGGAAAUAAAUGGUGGGUCAAAUCGGAAGAGCCCUGGCAAACGUUGGCGGCUUGCAUGGAAAUAAAAAAAGUUUUGAAACAUUCAAAUCCGGAAGAAUACGUGAGUCAUUUUCCCGUUCAUCAAGAUGGAUCCUGUAACGGUUUGCAACAUUAUGCCGCCCUUGGACGAGAUUACGCGGGUGCUAAAAGUGUUAAUUUAACUCCUAGUCAAGUGCCUCAAGACGUUUACAGUAGCAUUAUCGAAAUCAUAGAAGAGAUGAGAGCGAAGGAUGCGGAAAAUGGUUUGAAAAUCGCACAAAAGCUCGAGGGUUACAUAAAAAGAAAAGUCGUGAAACAAACAAUCAUGACGACCGUGUACGGAGUCACGCGUUACGGAGCCAUACGUCAAAUAAUCAAACAGUUGGAAGACAUACCGAAUUUUCCGCAAAAGGAUUUGUGGCCCGCGGCGACGUACCUGAGCGAGAAAACGUUUUUGAGCAUACAGAAAAUGUUCACGUCGGCGAAAACGAUACAGGAUUGGUUCAUAGAAUGCGCUGGAGUCAUAUGCAAUCAAAAAAAUUUCGUGCAAUGGAUAACGCCGAUAGGAUUAUUGGUCAUGCAACCCUAUGGGAAACCGGGAAAAAAUCCGAUCGCGGAACCCGUGAAACCGAAUCAGAGAAAGCAAAAAAAUGCUUUCCCACCCAAUUUCAUACACUCCCUAGAUUCGUCUCACAUGGUGUUGACGGCUUUGCAUUGCGAACAAUCCAAUCUGACGUUUGCAUCCAUACACGAUUGUUAUUGGACUCACGCGUGCACCGUCGACGAAAUGAAUAAAUAUUGCAGACGACAAUUCGUCGCACUCCAUUCUCAGCCCAUACUCAAAGAUUUAUCGGAUUUUUUCGUCGACGUCUACGUUAAAGAUGAGAAAAAAGAUGCGGAAGCAUUAAAAGUUUUCAAAAGAGUUCCACAAACAGGUGAUUUCGAUUUGAACUCGGUUAUCGAUUCGGUUUAUUUUUUUAGUUGA